UUAGCAGUGGAGAUUAUGGAAUGUUUAUCCAGCAUUCAGAUUUCCUGUUUAAGUGUUUGGAUUUCCUGAAAUCUCUUCUAUCAGCCCAAGGGGUGUCCAGUGAGUGGCCUCCCCACCCCACCCCCAGCCCCUUUUGGCUCGCAUGGUAGACUUUCCUUCCUGCUGCCUUUACCAAUUGUAUUUGUGUCUCCUUACCGGCCAGGACUUUUAUGGAUGCAAGUCAAAAACUCUUAGGCUCCCAGAAAACUAUCUGUGGAUCCCUGGACUUUGGAUUUUCUUUCAGUUUGCACCAAGAAAUCAAAUAUUAACCCCCAAUUCCUGGGAGUUAUCACUGGAGCAGUGUGGACCAUUUUUUUCCUGUUCAGCUGCCCGUGGGAAAAUAAUUUUUAACCUUCAAUAUGGAAUGAUGGCCUACAUUUUGGCGGGCACUUCUGGAAUGGGAGCUCACUGUGGACAAGUCUUGGUAACAUUCUUGUGGUGACAGAUGAGACAUGAGAUCUUCAGCCUCCCGGCUCUCCAGCUUUUCCUCUAGGGAUUCAUUAUGGAACCGGAUCAUGCCGGACCAGAUCACUGUAUCGGAGUUUAUUGCUGAGACCACAGAGGAUUACAAUUCCCCAACCACAUCCAGCUUUACUACCCGGCUACAGAACUGCAGGAAUACUGUCACGCUGCUAGAAGAGGCGUUAGAUCAGGACCGAACUGCACUACAAAAAGUUAAAAAAUCCGUAAAAUCUAUAUAUAAUUCUGGGCAAGAACAUGUCCAAAAUGAAGAGAACUAUGCACAAGUACUAGAUAAAUUUGGGAGUAAUUUCUUAAGUAGAGAUAAUCCAGAUCUGGGCACUGCUUUUGUGAAGUUUUCUACAUUGACUAAGGAAUUAUCAACACUCCUGAAAAAUCUGCUCCAAGGCUUGAGCCACAAUGUCAUCUUCACUUUGGAUUCCCUCUUAAAAGGAGAUUUGAAAGGUGUCAAAGGGGAUCUUAAAAAGCCUUUUGACAAAGCCUGGAAGGAUUAUGAGACCAAAUUCACAAAAAUCGAAAAGGAAAAAAGAGAACAUGCAAAACAGCAUGGGAUGAUACGAACAGAGAUAACUGGAGCUGAGAUAGCAGAAGAAAUGGAGAAAGAAAGAAGGCUAUUUCAGCUGCAGAUGUGUGAAUAUCUCAUUAAGGUUAAUGAAAUCAAGACAAAAAAAGGUGUGGACCUUCUACAGAAUCUUAUUAAGUAUUAUCAUGCACAGUGCAAUUUCUUCCAAGAUGGCUUGAAGACGGCUGAUAAACUAAAACAAUAUAUUGAAAAACUGGCUGCUGAUUUAUAUAAUAUAAAGCAGACACAAGAUGAAGAGAAAAAACAGCUCACUGCACUCAGAGACUUGAUAAAAUCUUCGUUACAGCUCGACCAGAAGGAGGAUUCACAGAGCAGGCAAGGAGGAUAUAGUAUGCACCAGCUUCAGGGAAAUAAGGAAUAUGGCAGUGAGAAGAAGGGUUAUCUUUUAAAGAAGAGUGAUGGCCUACGGAAAGUUUGGCAAAGAAGAAAAUGCACUGUCAAAAAUGGUAUUCUGACCAUAUCACAUGCAACCUCAAACAGGCAACCUGCUAAAUUGAAUUUGCUAACCUGCCAGGUGAAACCAAAUGCAGAGGACAAGAAAUCAUUUGACCUGAUAUCACAUAACAGAACAUACCAUUUUCAGGCAGAGGACGAGCAAGACUAUGUAGCAUGGAUAUCAGUAUUGACCAACAGCAAAGAAGAAGCUUUAAAUAUGGCAUUCCGUGGAGAACAGAGCGCAGGGGAAAAUAGUUUAGAGGAUCUUACAAAAGCCAUUAUUGAUGACAUACAGAGAUUUCCUGGAAAUGAUAUCUGCUGUGAUUGUGGAUCGCCAGAUCCAACAUGGCUUUCAACGAACCUGGGUAUUUUAACCUGUAUAGAGUGCUCCGGAAUACAUAGAGAAAUGGGUGUUCAUAUUUCUCGAAUCCAAUCUAUAGAGCUAGACAAAUUAGGAACAUCUGAACUCUUGCUGGCCAAGAACAUUGGAAACAAUAGUUUUAAUGAAAUUAUGGAGGGGAAUUUACCAAGUCCUUCUCCAAAACCUACUCCAUCAAGUGAUAUGACUGCACGUAAAGAAUUUAUUACUGCUAAGUAUGUGGAUCAUAAGUUCUCCAGAAAGACUUGUGCAUCUGCAGCAGCUAAACUGAAUAAACUACUUGAGACUGUUAAAUCCAGGGAUUUACUUGCACUAAUCCAAGUCUAUGCAGAAGGGGUCGAACUAAUGGAGCCACUGCUGGAGACUGGACAGGAGCCGGGUGAAACAGCCCUUCAUUUAGCAGUCCGGACUGCUGACCAGACCUCACUCCACCUGGUUGACUUCCUGGUACAAAACUGUGGAAACCUGGAUAAACAGACAGCAUUGGGGAAUACGGUUCUGCACUACUGCAGUAUAUAUAAUAAGCCUGAAUGUUUGAAAUUGCUUUUGAAGGGGAAGCCAACUAUAGAUAUAGUAAACCAAACUGGAGAGACUGCUCUGGACACAGCAAAGAGAUUGAAAUCUAUCCAGUGUGAAGACUUGCUUUCUCAGGCCAAAGCAGGAAAGCUAAAUCCACAUGUACACGUAGAGUAUGAGUGGAAUCUUCGCCAGGAAGAAAUGGAUGAAAGCGAUGAUGACUUGGAUGACAAGCCUAGUCCGAUAAAGAAGGAGCGUUCCCCAAGACCCCAGAGCUUUUGUCACUCUUCCAGUACUUCUCCCCAAGACAAAAUGGCUCUUCCUGGUCUUAGCACUCCAAGGGACAAACAGCGACUCUCCUAUGGAGCCUUCCCCAAUCAGAUUUUUGUCUCCGCAAGCAUGGACUCCACAACUUCUCCAACAGCAGUAGAUGCCCCUCCACUCCCUCCUAGAAAUGCUGGUAAAGGUCCGCCUGGCCCUCCUUCAACCCUUCCUUUAAGCACUCAAACCACUAGUGGCAGCUCCACUCUGUCUAAGAAGAGGCCCCCUCCCCCACCCCCUGGACACAAAAGAACCCUCUCUGACCCACCAAGUCCACUACCUCAUGGACCCCAGAAUAAGGGCCAAAUUCCUUGGGGUAAUGAUUUGGGUCCUCCAGCCACAAAAACUGCAAACAAGUUUGAGGGGAUGUCUCAACAGUCAGGCACUGGGACUGCUAAGACUGCACUGGGUCCAAGAGUUCUUCCAAAACUACCUCAAAAAGUGGCACUAAGAAAAAUAGAGACGAUUCACCUUCCUUCAAUAGACAAGUCCAGUCAACAAUCAGAAACCUUUCAGAAGUCCAUUUCACUUUGUAUUGAUCUGCCACAGAAACCACAACCUGGAGAUUUGCCCCCCAAGCCUCAACCUAUGGAACUACCCCAGAAACCUCAGAUUGGAGAUUUGCCCCCCAAGCCAGGAGAAUUACCCCCCAAACCCCAGUUAGGAGACCUGCCACCGAAACCACAGCUCUCAGACUUGCCUCCGAAGCCGCAAAUGAAGGACCUUCCUCCCAAGCCUCAGCUAGGAGAUGCUUUGGCUAAAACUCCAGUUGGAGAAAUGUCACCGAAACCUCAGCCCUCGGAGGCAAAUCAAAAGUCUCAUUCUGUGGAUCUUUCUCCAAAGGUACAAUCGAAAGAGACCGUCCAAAAGCAAGCAUCUGAAGACUCCAAUGAUGUAACCCAUGCACUGCCAGAGACCCCAGUGCCGCUUCCUAGAAAAAUUAACGUGGGAAAGAACAAAGUUAGGCGAGUGAAGACAAUCUAUGAUUGCCAGGCAGAUAAUGAUGAUGAGCUUACAUUUGUUGAAGGAGAAGUUAUCAUUGUGACAGGUGAAGAGGACCAAGAGUGGUGGAUUGGCCACAUUGAAGGAAAGCCAGAGAGAAAAGGGGUCUUCCCAGUAUCCUUCGUCCAUAUUUUGUCAGACUAAGUCGAAUCGGAAACUUGAGCAUUGCACAUCCUUCCUGCAAGACGGGCUUUUAGCACGAAGCAAACAGCUGCUCCCUCCCUGUAAUUCUGUGCACAACUGUGGAUAUAUAUGUAUAUAUAACUGCUGUUACGGAACAAGAACUCAUUUACGGCUCACCCAGCGAGGUGACUUAUACUUGUAUUGUAAAUAACGGUGUUACUCUGCCUUUGCCAGUAUUACGGUAGCCUUGGGACCUGGCAUGCCUUCUUGGGUUUGCUCAAGCCAUCCUUGGCAUCAAGCACUUACAUCUCUUUGUCUGUGUGUAUGAACUACCAGCUCCCUAAAUGUGGUUGGUCUCAUCCGGUCCUGUUUAACUACAGAAAUUACCAUCUCUAAUAAAUCAGUAUUCCUAAAAUAGAUAACUAGCAGAGAGUUAGAUUCAGUUUUCAAAAUGAACUGCUUUGGCUCAUUUACAGCCCAGUUUACAGCUACCAAUGUACACACUUUACAGCUUGCGAAAUCUACUUCCUCGGUAUUGUCAAAGAAAGUGUUCAAUGUACACAUCAAACAAAAGAAAUAUUCACUGAUGCUACAGAUUAAACAGUAGUCUUUUGUGGUGUGUGUGUGUGUGAACAGGCAUUUCAUGUUUGUAUUAUGUCGUUGGUGUUUCUCCCUCUGAUAUUUACCUCACCUAACACCAUCUGAAAGUCUUCAGUUAAAAUUGCUCUGUCUAAUGAAGGAACACUUGUGGGACUUUUGGCUGGAGGUUUCCCUUUAACGGCACCAGGGUCUUAAAAGAAAAACAGCCCUUCCCCAUCUGCUUAUUAGCAUAUACCACUCCCUACAACCUCUGUUUAUGCAGAAACGUUACAAGUGUCUGUCAGCUUUUUCAAGUUUUCACACAGUGCACUCCUGUUACAAUCUGGUUGCCACACGGACUUGAAAUAUGAGUUUAUGUGAGCAUUAGUGUGUGCUAACUAAUUGGCUCAUUUAGGGGAUAUCUUUGCUGUUGGGGGAUUUGAGCCUUCAACCCACUGGAGCUAUUAAUUCAUAAUGCUCUCUUAGUACUGUCGCCUGGAGAAAUAAUAAUAAUUAAAAACAAAACAAAACCCAGCUAUCAAAACGAGUGAAAGAUGACCUUUCAUGCAAAUUAUCACCUGUUAAAUCAUGAAACGCCAGACUGUAACAUCUGGAAUUUAAUUUGCUUUUGUGGAAUCCUAAUUAUGGCUCGAGGUUGAACUUUCAGAAUCAGCUGGCAAUCUUGAAACCACUGAGCUGAACUUAGGAAGGGUAUGUUUUGAUCUGAGAUGGCUUUAGAGUUUCCACCCUGCAUCUAAAACGCAUUCUUUAUUCUGAUCAAUGUAUUAAGGAUAUAUGCUCAUUUCGGAUAUGGUGUUUCAUUUAUUUAUUUGUUGAUCUUUGUUAUAAUAUGCAAAGCAGAAUGUUCUUGUUUUGCUUAUGAUUCAUGGAACGUUUUACAGUGCGGCUGCAUGUGGUUUCCUGGGUUCGCCUGGCUUAAAACAGGGCUGGCUAACCCGUGUCUGCCCCGAUGUUGCUAGGCUAGAGUCAUCCCUGAUCACUGGCUAGGCUGGCUGGAGCCAAUUCGAGCUGGAGAUAGACGAAUCUCCAAGGCCACUAGUUAGCUACCCCAGCUUUAAACAACUGCUUUUUGCAACAGCCCGAUUUUCUUUUUCCUUCAUAGCAGAUUCUCGUGACUCCCUGUCAAAAGGUUUCCAUUUCACGAAAAGCACAAGUUCACACUAAUCGCUCCGAGGCUUUCGCUUUUGAUGUUUUACAAACCUGUAGUCAGUGAAUAUUUAUUUUUAUUUAAAUGGUUAACAUACAGAACAUAAUCAACUUAAGAAAUCUUGCAUGAAAAAGAGCAAAAUAUUUAUCAGCUAUUAUUGGAAAGUGGUUUUUUAAACUAUUGCUUCAUCUGUGUCAUGACACAUUCUGUUAAAAAGAUAUAAGCUUUCAAGUGAGUGACUGAGCCUGCUGGCAUUGACUCUGCCGUGCUACCGAUUUCAGUGUUUUCUCAGACUCAUGCUGUUUAUAUGAAAGCCGGAACAAAAAAAAAAUGACUUUGCAUUCCAUAUUGCUCAUCAAUGCAGUGUGCUUCAGAUGCAUUAAAGAACAAAAUGAUCUACCUUUUCUGUCAAGUAUAUUUUAAAAUGAUCUCAAAAUCCACUGGUUGAAAGAGAGAGAGAAAGCGCAACUCAUAUAAAGGAGAUCCAGAUGUGUAAAAUGAUGUAGAGUCAAAAUGUCUAUUAUUUUGUAUGCUUUUUUGAAGUAGUAUAAUAAUGAAUUUUUUAAAAAAUAAAAUGAGUUCCAUCAGGAACAAGACUUGACUAUUCUGGGUGAUUUGAGAGUCCAUAGGAGAAUUAAAAUACCAUGUAUGAUAUAUAGGUAGAGUUUUAAGUACAAUAUUGUAUUUAAACUCAGAGCCACUAUCUGCAGUUUUGUACAUGACGUAUUUGGGAAGUCUUGUUUGUUUUGGGGGUUUUUUCCCCUGGGGAGAGGGAAGUAUGUUCUGCAAAUGGUGUGUUAUUUUACUGUUGAACAGCAAUUGCUAUUUAUUUUUUUAUGACAUUAGUGCAUCAACAUGUAUAGAAAGCAGAUCUGGUUAGAGCCACUAGUUGGAAACUGAAGUCUCAUUUGAAUGUUACAGUCACAAUACAUCAGUACACUUGUCUCCUCACGUGUUUAAUGUGACAGUUUGAGUACUGUAUGUGUUAAUUUCUACUUUUUUUAAUAUUUAAAAUUGCUUUUAAAUAAAUGUAUUCAGUUGAUCCCAGACAUCUGAAUGUCCUUUUAUCAACUGGAGUCUGCUAUAGGAGGAAAAAGUAGAUCUAAUCCACAUACAAUUACAGAGCAUGUGUUUUUUUCUGAUGCUCAUGUUCAGUUUCUAUUCAGUAAAGAGAUAAGAGCACCAGAUAAAUAUAUCCAUUCAUUCUGGUGUUCAUACAGAUUUGUGCACAGAUUGUAUUUGGGGGGGGGUGGAAUCUGGAUGCACUGAAAUGCUUGUCUCUUGGUCUCUUACUCCGUUGUUUGCAGGUAGUUUAUACUAAACAGUCUCUCUUCUGGUCCUAAUACGCAGCUCCCAAGUGUUAAAUGCUAAAACUUCAUUGCUGGUACAAAAAGUGUUGCUUUUCAGUAGCAUCUUUAACUUUUCCACCUGUGUGCGCAUGCCAUGAGGUAGAGAAUUGGGGGUGGAUAGAUCUGCAGUCACCUUCAUUAGUCCUUUUAUUUCAGUGGAAGAUAGAAAAUGAAGUCCACUCUGUUUAACCCUCAUUUUAAACAGAUUUCUGUGCAACUGCAGCUGUUACGCUUUAAGGGCGAGCAGCUGCCAGAUUUGUGUGCAUUUUGGCUUUAUUGUACAAGCUGCCCAACUCUUAAACAGGGGUGGGCUACUUUGGGUGGGAGAUGCUCAAGGGCUACAGAGUCCCUUCAGGAAGUUGUGGGGAGCCACAUCCCAAUGAUAAUGGGGCAUGACUAAAGCAAAAUGUGGGGAGGGACACACACAACUUCUCCCAUGAUUUACACACACUCAUUCACUAAUCCAGGCAUCCCCAAACUGCGGCCCUCCAGAUGUUUUGGCCUACAACUCCCAUGAUCCCUAGCUAAUAGGACCAGUGGUCAGGGAAGAUGGGAAUUGUAGUCCAAAACAUCUGGAGGGCCGAAGUUUGGGGGUGCCUGCACUAAUCCAUUUUCCAUGGGAGGGUGGGGGUCCUGUACAGAAGAAGCUCACCUGUGAAUAUGCUAUAGCUCUGGCAUAUCAGGCCUGCCCCUCAAUUAUCUAAUCCUACCUCAGAUUCCCUUAUUAUAUUUAAAGAAUAGAUGGUAACCUUGCCCCAUUAGUUUCUCUGCUACGCAUGCACCAAAUGUGGAUUUCUGGUACCUUUUAUACCAAGCAGGGUUGCUAUUUCGGAAAACAUCCUUGGAAGUGUAUUUUAAAGUGAGCAGCUUAAAGCAGUGAUGACAGGAUAAACAUUGCCUAUUUUUCGGGUGCAUUUUUGCAUCUGCUUAUUUUCAUAGCAAAGGGUUUUUGUUUAUUUGUUCAUUUGUUACGUCCUACAUUUGGCCUGGAAAUAAUCCCAGACAUUUUCUUAGGAAACAUAUAGCUAUUAACCUUGCAGAUAUCCCUCCCUCC